AAUCAGGAAACUAAGUGUUGCUAUUUAUACAACCGAGCAAAGGGCCAGAGCUGGUAACCGCUAGUUUAUUGUCAGCUGAUGAGCGAAACAGCUUCGGUGAAGCCGAGGGGCCAAAAAAGAGGAAUAUUUGGAGAAAUGGUGCUGCUUUUGGGAUGAUUUUGUGCAGUUUUGAGCCCAAACCAUGGAAGAACUGAACUCCGGUACUGAGUCAGCAACAUCUGAGUCUUCCUCAGCACUUGAGCUGCUGAUUCUGCACACCGAUGAGGCCCAGGAGUGGGCUGCAUAUUUGCAGCAGAUCUUGAAAUCUUCCAAUCAUUUUCACAGAGGCUCAGUUUUGCUCUAUGCCGUGAGCUCGGCCGAUCAACUCCAUGGAUAUAACUUUGAGGACUUCCAGUGCUGCAAGUGCAUAGUGGUGAUCUUCACAGGAGUAUUCCUGGACAUCCUCUGUGACCCGGAGCUGCACGGAGCGCUUCAGAGACUCCUUUAUCCACCACACAAAGUGGUGGCGUUGCUCUGUGGCGUGUCAGAGGACGACGUGUCUGCGGAGUGCUUCGUGGACUGGCCGAGCUGGAGAAAAAUCUUUGCUGAUGAUGAGCCGGUCAUCUAUGUUUCUACCAUUUUGGAAUCAAUUGCUGACAGCAGACAAGCAGAGGCUGAACUUGACAGAGAACUUCCUGCAGCUGAGUUGCACAUCACAGCCGCUUGUCCUCUCUCUUCUGAAAACCCCACCGCAGGUGAAAGUGAAGAGGUGUUGUCAGAGGAGCCAACUCAAACGUUCCUGAAGGAGGAAGAGCAACUGGGCAGGGAAAAUUCAGCGAGAGAAGAAAUGAGCUCGCCGACACAACUGACAUGUCUGUCUGUGCAGCCAAACAGAGUUCAGUGUGGGGAUCAAGAGACACUUUUUAUCAUUUUCAAAAGCAGAGUUGCUUAUGGGUCAACACUGGAGGUGGAGUUCUCACCGGAAAACGCAGCUUCUAAAAGUGUUCUGGCCUCUGUUGAGAAUGAAUGCACGAUAAGUGUCUGUGCACCAGAAAUGCCUGCUGGAGUGACUUCACUCACUUUGCACGCUGAUGGCUCACAGGUCAGCCUGAGCCCAGUCACAUAUUACACCAGCAUGGGAGAAGUUAGUCGGUACCUGUCAAAGGCUGCUGAUCCUGUGAACUUCAUCUGCCAGGCCUUUGACUUGACCUGCAAUGCAACAGAAUCAGUGGACACAUUGCUAACGGACUCAUUCAAUUCUAAGAUGCCUCCAUCUGGUCUGCAGCUGUUUGGAGUCAAACAGAUUGAAGAAGACAACAUGUCAGCAUAUCAACGCAACGAAGAGCUUCCCACCUUGCUCCACUUUGCUGCUAAAUAUGGUUUGAAGAAGCUCACAAGUACUCUCCUUCGGUGUCCCGGGGCUCUGCAAGCUUACAGUGUGAUGAACAAAGAUGGAGACUACCCAAACACACUAGCAGAGAAGAGCGGUUUUCACAAUCUUAGACAUUUUAUGGAUGAAUUUGUUGAGACAGCAGACAUGCUCCAGUCUCACCUAGAAGACAACAUAAACUUGGAGAACGAGGCAGAGAUAUACGAGCCAAUGUCAAAUUCUUCUCAAGAUAUGAUGAUGAAAUAUUCCGGCUGCUCAGAGGAUAUUUAUGAGUCAAUGCUCGGCAUCGACCCUGAGUGUGCAGAAGACCUCUAUGAAGUGAUGACUGCCGUUGAUGAGAAUCCCGAAGAAGCUAUGCUCAGGAAGUUCUUCCAAGCAAAACCUCAUGCCUCUGAGGUUCAAGUCAACCCCCAGCAUCCUAAAACUGAGAUCAAUGAAACAAACAUACGCAACAACUUUGAUGAAAUUGAGGAGGAGGAGGAUCCGUAUAACAUCUCUCCAGAGGAUAUUUAUGAUACUGUGGAUACGAACUGCACCUAUAACCCAGCACUUCUGAACCGACCUCCAGCCCCCAUCCCCAGACCAGAGGCUGACGCUGAACCUGAGAAACAAGUCACUUACAUUUCCAGAGUGUUUUCAGAAAGCGGGAUAUCCAACCGUAAUUCCGUGGACAACGGAUGUUGUGCAGCUCGACCUGUGACUGAGGCCCCCACGUCUACUUAUGAUCCCUAUGGUGGAAUGAAGACCCCCGGGCAGAGACAGCUCAUAUGCCUCCAGGAGAGGGUCAAAGUGGGGGAGAUAACGGUGGACGAGGCUGUCCAAGAGUUCAAAGCAUGGCAGUUUGACCACGAGAGGAGGGCAAACUCUCUGCGCUAUCAGCAGGACAAUUUGAAGAAAUUACGGGAAAGCAUCACAAGACGUCACAAAGAGAGGGAAAAGACGGGAAAAGAAAUUGAUUACGAAAUAACUGCUCCACUCCAGAGGAACCUGCUCUGGACAUCUAAUGUGACAUUAGAGUGCGACGUGUAUGAAUCAGCACCUAGAUUGAGUGCCCAGCCUCCUCCAGCUGCUCAGCCAAUCAAAAGAGGGAACUGGAAGACAGGCAGUACGUCCAGUACAUCUAGCACUGAGAGCAACAGACUCAGCACUCACAGCAACUUUAGCCUCAGCAGCGGGACAGAGCCGGAGUUCGAGGACGCUGUAGAAAUUCAGCCUCCUCCACCACGACCUCCGCGACCAUCUGAUUCCCAAUCGGUCAGUCCUCCACCCAGGCUUCCUCCCCGGAUCCCAGAAAGGGUGCCAGAGAUGGCUCAUGAGCGCUACAUAUCCUGCCCGACACGAGCUCUUCCGCAGAGACCCAGUCCCAGACAAACGAACCCGGCGCCGCCCGUUCCCCGCCGUCUGCGGUGAUAACCACUCAUCUCCUGUCCUGUCACACUGAACGUACCAAAACUGUGCAUGUAUCAGAGGGAUAAAUGGAGAGCUGUUUGUUUUUCCCCUCCUCUGCCACCUGGAUUUUACAAGUUCACCAGUUUUUCUGCCUUAAACAUCAACUUUCUCUUCAGAACUCCUCUCCACUGUAGUCAGGUUUAGCUCUGAAUAAGAGGAAUGUCAUUUGAUGCUUCUUCUGUUUUUAUUGUAAAAAAAAAAAACAACCUUUGACCUAAAAUAAAUUAGCAUUAUGAUAACAUUGCAUUGAAUGAUAGUUGAGGACAAAAAUAGAGUGGAUUUUAUUCCAAAGAAAACGUUUGUUGCAUGUUUUUUGUUUUUGGGAAAAAAAAAACCUUGCGGGAAAUGUUUCCACUAAUUAUGUUUCUUUGUUUAUAUGACAAUAUGCUGAAUGUACAUAAGGAAUUUUUAAUGAAUCAUGAAAUACUGUUGACUUAAAUUAAGUCAACUUGGGAGUGUUUGACAAUUUAACACAUAAUUCUAUUCUUACAUUUACAUCCAAUAUAGUUCAAAAUAAUAAUAAUAAGCUAAUUUGUUUAAGUAAAUCCAUUCAAAAAGCAAAGAUUGCUUCUACAUACUUAUCACAGACAGAGUAAUAUGUUUCAGAUUUCUAUUAAUUUUAAUACAGAAAUGCUCUGUUCUGCUCCUGUUCUGGCCAACAUAGGAAGGAUAUUUAACUUAUAGAGUUCCACCUGUACAUAUUUCAUUGCCGACAGUAGGAACACAGGAUUUUUAUAUCUUUUAUCAGCUACAUUUCUGUUCUUUGACGAGACACAUUUUAUGGAUUUUAAUGCACAUAUGCAUUGAAGCUAAUAAAAAACUCCAACAUGGAGAGCAGGCAGAUGGAUGAUUCAUGGAUCCUAAGUGCAUUCAGUUUGGUGAAGGUUUUAUGCAGGUUCUAAUCUUCAGCACAUUAUACAUUGGCUUGGGUUGGGACAGGAGACCAGUCCAAUACCAGUAAAACAUCCUUUAACAGACACGCCUUUAUAUUUUGUAUCAGUAAAGGAUGGAUAUGUUGCUCUAAAAUAUCAAUGUAUGUUUGCAUUAAUGGUUGCUUACUUUAUGUGAACAGUUAUUGCUGGCACAGUUUAGUUUAAAUGGUGUAUGUAAAUGGUGCAUUGUAGAGCUUGAUAAAGGUUUCCCAAAGUAA